CAAGAGUUUGUAAACAAUGAAAGGAGAUAUGGAGUCGUCAAGAGGUCUUACCUAAAAAUAUUGCCCUGUAAAGGCCAUAAUAAGUGCAUAAUAUAUGUCAUGCAUGCCGUGCACACCCGUGAGGAUUAAACCAACCGGGACGUAUAGGUUUUCAAGGAUUCCCGCUUUUUAAAACAUCUUUUGUGUGUGUGUGAAAAUCGGAUCGCUGCCUGGCGAGGCGUUUGUUUUUCUACAUACUAGACAGACAUCAGACACAACGGGCUGCAGAAAGGACGAUCCCUAAACACAACGGAACCUGGCGAGUCUUUUAAACGCCACCUAGACGUGAUUUUGGCGGGUUUGUCGUGUCGUGUCGUGCAGGGUCAGCUCGAUGGGGAACUGUCUGUCUUCUCAAGGCGCUGAUGAUCUGUCCCUGCUCAACGAGUCCGAGGGGGCGAGUCUGCCAGGAGAGCCUCCGCCACCCUACCAGGAGCGGGUGCAGGUGCCAGUGUACCAUCCCACGCCCAGUCAGACGCGGCUGGCCACUCAGCUGACGGAGGAGGAGCAGGUCCGUAUCGCUCAGCGCAUCGGGCUCAUCCAACACCUGCCCCGUGGGAUCUUCGACCCGGGCUCAGAGCCGUCCGACAAGAAGAUCAAAGAGUGUGUGAUCUGCAUGAUGGACUUUGAGUACGGCGACCCGAUCCGGUUCCUGCCCUGCAUGCACAUCUAUCACGUGGACUGCAUUGACGCCUGGCUCAUGCGCUCCUUCAUUUGCCCUUCCUGUAUGGAGCCCGUCGACGCUGCGCUGCUGUCUUCCUACGAGACGAACUGAGAGUGCCUGCGCAUACCGAGAGAUGUGCCAAUUAAUCUGCCAAGAACCCCGAAACGCUCGGGACAGUAGAUUGAACAAGUGAAGGUGGCGUUACUGUGUCUGUGUGUGUGUUCAGAGACUGUACAAAUUUCCAGUGUUAAACUUAAAAGGCCCCCGAAGGAUGUUUAAAACCUCUCACUUGCAUGUCAAAGCACUUUUUGAACACCUAUACAUGUAAUUGAUGUAGACGUGAAGUUUGGCAAGGUGGAAAAACCACUGAAGCAUCUCUAAUGAAGACAGAGUGUUUCAAAGGCCAAUUUAAAUUAGGGUUAAAUUAAUUCAUUAUAUACUUGUUUUCCUUUUUGUUCUAACCAAAUUCAUGAAAUGUGCAAUAUAUGCAAGAGGGACUCAUGUCCUUCUGAUUGGAUAUGAAACCCGCCCAUCGCCAAACUUCCUCCAAUGAGAUUGUCCCUUUCUGAAUUUGACGAGUCCAGUGGGCGGAGUUUCAUUUCUGCAGGCUGUGAAUGUGCCUUUUAUGGCUCGCAAUUGGAAUGCUGAGAACCUAAUUUACGAGAAAACAUGUGCCGUGCUAAUGUUUUACUUGCAAUCUCGUGAUGCACUAACUGGUGUUUGAGGUGGUAGUUUUACAUACUUUUUCUAUCAUUUUCUCCCGUCUAGUGGUUUAGUGGUAGACUCUUGAGUUUUCUUUCUUUAUUUGUCAAGAGAGUGAUAAUGAUACAAUCACCAAACUUUGUGCACCUUUCAAAUGUUGCCGACUGAAAGUCAUCAUUUACAGUGGAAGCUUUAAAGUUAUUCCUUGUUGUUUUCCUGAUCAAUGCAAACUUUUUUUUUUAACUUAGAAAAAAUAUGAAAUUAAAAAAGGAGCACAUGCUUCAGUCAGUUUUGAAACUGUUCGUAAUGUCUUUGAGUCUUUUCUGUAUGUUAGCUGAACAUAUGUCACUGAACUGCUUGUGCAAAAGGAAGAUUUUCACCUUUGUUUUGUUUGCUCAGUUAUUGUGCUGGAUUAAUGAUGUUAAUCGGACUGAACUGUGUUAGGAGCCCCAUGUUCAGCCUGAAAUUAUAUUCAUAAAAUAGUUCAUCCUGCUCAAGCUUUCCUCUGUAUCUCUGUACUGAAUCAUUGUGACUUAAAUUGUGAUUGAAUACCAAGAACAGCGUCUGAAAAUCUCAAAAUCAACCUGUUGUUGCUCUUAGAUAUCAUAUUGGAUGAAUUACUUAAUUUUCUAUCGAUGAUUCAGAAUUUAAAUGUAGCUCUAGCACAACACAAAUG